AGUUCACGACAGAAAACUGGAGGGCGCAGUUGUGCAUAAAAGGUUGUUCUGGACAGAAUAUUGACAAAAAACGAGUCUAGACUGACAGCCAAAUCAGAAGUGUUGGUGUACCUUUUUUUUACCUCAAAAGCAAUGCGAAACGAUCCACAGCAUACGACAAAGAAUGGGUAUGAUGAAGCAUAUUACGCCCGCGAAUGUACUACAGCUAGUUGUCGCGCUUUUUGCGUAUCUUCCGACUGGCUGGCUUGCGCUGGCUGCCGUGGGAUCCAGGAAAGAGAGGCAGGGGGCGUCUUCGAUGCCCAUCAAUGAAAUAAAUGGGGAGCACGACUCGUCUGCCUACAUCCGCCGUGAGAAGUAGAAGAGAAACAUCAAAGGCGAUUAUGCUGAGCAGCGGCACCAGUCUCUGGUGGAAGAAAUGGACGGAACAAAUACCACGACACAUGCGUCACGCAGCCAUAGCACUACGGAGGAGUUUCUGCUCCAAGAAGGCGCACACAAGAAGUAUGGCCCAAAUAAGUGUUAUAAUAGCAAGGUUCCUCACGUAGAAUCUGCUUUGUUGGUACUCAGAAGUUGUUACCUCUUUAUAAGUCAAGGGUUGUACACAGGCAUAAACAUUUACAUAGGAAUAGGAUGAAGGACCACAUCACCAAGACGGCGGGCGUUCCUUGCAUCUACUAACAAGCUCGUGGUCCUCCAUGCGGACGAGAUUCUCAGUAAGUAGAAGAGAUUCUCAGUAAGUAGAAGAGAUUCUCAGUAAGUAGAAGAGAUUCUCAGUAAGUAGAAGAGAUUCUCAGUAAGUAGAAGAGAUUCUCAGUAAGUAGAAGAGAUUCUCAGUAAGUAGAAGAGAUUCUCAGUAAGUAGAAGAGAUUCUCAGUCAGUAGAAGAGAUUCUCAGUAUAAGUAGAAAUAAGUAGAAGUGUUCUUUCACCAUGCUAACAAGCUAGUGAAACAUGCAGUCCUAACUUCUACUUCCUCUAAACCUGCUUGGGAUACGCGGUCCGUGAUUCUUUGACGCAUCUGCAACCUCGCGCUGGUGAGUUCCGCGUGCCGUAUGGGAUGUUAUGCUCCUGUAGCUAUUAUAACUCUUCAUCUUGUACUCCCACUCCCUCAUAGUACUUGGUACUUCUUGGAUUCACUGCUGUGCGCCUUCCUUUGGCUAGUUUCCAAACUUCCCUCUUCCUCACCUCCAUACUUUCCCGUCUUAAUAUAACUUGAAUAAGUAUAAUAACAAAAGCAAAAGAGUAACAGACCUCAACUUCUCACUGCUUUUUGGAAAUAGGAAGAAAGGGCAGCUGUUGAAAGAUGAAUUGUUGCGGAAAGCCUGCUCUAAAGAUGUUCGCUUCUGCAAGCCAGGGAAUCAUUGAGGAGGAUGACACGCCGAGUCCGAGCGCCUUGCCGGGGAACAAUCCUGCUGAGAGCGCCAUGAUCCCUCUCUCUUAAGGGUAGUUCAUCGCCAUCCGCCCAUGUGGACUAUACUGAGCGGAAUCGCCCCUGAUCUGAAAGGGAAAAUAGAGGGGAAGGGGCAACUCACUCGACCAGGGAUAGCGAAAGAAAAUUGCCCCUAACUCAUUUACGGCUUCAGCGACGACGAAGAGGAGCUACUGACGUGCAGAUGCUCCCACAGCGCUGACCACGGUGGGAAGGACCGGCCCAUGUACUGCUAAGGCUUAGGUGUCGCAAUUUGUUAUGAUCAUCUUCUGAAGCAUCUUGGAGCUGUCCACCUAUUAUAAGGGGUCUUGGAGCUCCUGUCCACCUUCUAUUAUAAGGGGUAGUAGGGGACAACAAGAUCAAGAACCUGUCUCCUUAGAGGAGGGGACAAGAGCAGCUCCAAGAAGUAGACAUAAGUGAACAAGAACAGCUCCCAGAAGAUGAGUUCUUCCCGCAACAUCAUAAUCAGCGGCCUCAGUAGAAUCAUCAUGAAUCUAAGUAGUCGUGACCAGGAAAAGUAUGGCUUGUGUUACUCCUACAUUUAAUGCAUUACAAACUCAGGCUCAGCGCUAAUACUGGAGCGUCAGCGUGACGAAGCCGCUUCUGCUCACGCGUGCGCUCCUCUAUCCCAGCACAACUGACCUACGGCGAUUCAACAGCGUUGAGGUUCGGAUGGGCGACGAGAAGGAAAGUCUUUCGGGCGACUAUGUCGAAAUGAGGGAAUACUUAAGGCAGAGACCAAUAUUAAAACCAUUUCGAUCCAUAAGUGGAUAGCUCGAUGGCCUGACUUUUAAGGCCGGAGGUCGUCUGUGGUUUCCAUCGAUCUACUUAACUAUCUUGGUUGCCCAAUUCUUGAAUUUCUACGUAAUAUGUUUCAAAGCAGUGGCUCGCGAGAUGUCUCAGUAGCGUUUGUGAUUGUUAGGUCAAAGAUAUUGUUUAAGUGUAACGCUCAACCAAGUUGUAACUUCUCCUCUUGCUUCCGUACCGCUUCGCACUUAAGUUAGUAGUUUGAAAUCUUGCGUGAGUUAAUAACUCAUCAUCGCGACGAACAACUCCGACGCCCUUAUCUAUGGCAGUCUUCACUGAACUUUGUGCGAGGUUUAUUGUGUUGCAUUGUAACAGACAUGGGCGUGCCUCUCCCCAGACUUUUUCAUUUCCGAUAUAACCCAAACGACCCUCACUUGUCUCUAGCCCCUUCACGCUUAACACGUUAUUUUUUCUGAUAUAUUAAUUUUCAC